AUUGUGCCAGAAUAUCGAUAACAGCAGGAUGACUGGAAGAGAAAAUGUGGCAAACGGUUCCCAGUGUGUGUUUGCUACAGAUCGUCAUUGGAUACAAGAUAUUGCGUAAAUAUAAGCUGGAAAUACUAUGUAACGAUGGGUUAUAUUAAUUCUUGAAUCCGAGCUUCCAUCCACUGGUCUGAUUUAGUGACGCAAUCGAUGACGUCAUCAUUGAUGUUGUUCGUCUGCGGCGCCGUGCUCGCUGGGGUGCUAGGGAGUUUGUUCAUCACCAUCAGUGUGUCAGUGGACUCCUGGGAAACUGUGACUUAUGUUCUGACGUCAUUGGCAAAAUACUCGGAUAUAAACGCAAGUUCGGAGUACUUCUGCACUCUGGCGUCGUCUGAUGGUGACUUCAGUAUUUUACAGCGGAGAACAAAUGUAGGCUUGUCGAACGGCUCGCAGACGACCCAAGUAGACAAGUUCUUUUUGUUCAAUACUUAUUAUGGCCCGUGGAAAAAAUGUGACAUGUUGUCAGACGACGCCCGCCAACGUAUCAAGACGUUAACGAAGACGUCAGUGAACCGCUGCUACACGUUCAUGACGGAGUACGACGAGGAGUACAGCGUACUACCGGAUAUGAUGAAGAGCGUAGGACGAAUGCAGAACUCUGCCGCCGCAUGUUUCAUCGUCAGCGUAACCGCCCUUGUAGCGGCGGCGGCCGUUGGCACGUUUGCCAUCAUACAGAAGCAGGUAUCGGCAUUCAUGGUGACAGGGGUUCUCUACUGCAUGGCGGGUUUAUUUUCAAUAUUCGGAUUGACAAUUUUUCAUACGAAGAUGUACUAUGAAAAAUAUCAGUGUUAUUCAUUCGAAAAUGAUAUAAAUGUGUUCAUUCAACUUCCGGAUGUUGCGUGCGCAGCCAGGACUGUUUCGAUUGGAUGGGCGAUUCCAUUUUCCUGGGUAGGGGUCGCUAUCUGCCUCGUUGCAAGUGGACUGUGGUUUUUCAUUACUAGAGCCUUCCGAGUGAUUAAAUCUUAAACUCUGUUAUGUCGACAUCUGGGAGGGGAUUCUAGUUGAUUGCCUUUAUACCGUUGUUAUGUCGUAGUGCACAUAUGUAUGUACAUAUUUACGAUUGUGUUCACUCGUUUUGUACUAUCAGUUUUUUCAAUCGUUAAUGUUCAAGUAUUGACUGAACGGAUAUUUUUCUACGUCCAUUACUGUUUCUUGAAAUGUGAUUUUUUGCUUUUCCUGCAAUAUUAGUAAUAAUCACAGUUGGUCAUGGUCGGCAAAGGCAGAAACACAUAUUUAUGGCAAUUUUCUAUGCACAUAUUAACACAUUUGUAAGUUUUACUUGGAAACCGAUUAUAUUCAGGAGGUAAUAUAGAUUUUAGCAUGAAAAGGUGUGGAGGAUAACAGCAAUUAUAUUAUUAAGUCUUCAUUUCAUGAAUAUACAUAUGAUUAAUAUAAUUAUCAGUUCAAAUGCAGAAACCGCCACUUGAACACAUUGGCUCACAUUCACAUGUUUUGUUUCGUUCAAACUAAUAAAGCCAAUCUCUCACCACAUACAUUCAGAACAAUUUCUCGUAUUAACUACUAGUUGAAGUUGUUAAAUAAAGAGAUAUUAGGAUUAUGAGUGUUCAUCUAUAUAAAGCUAAAGUUCUGGAAGAGAUAAACGCUUCGAAAGUUUCUGCUUUUGCAUAAAGAUAAUUAUAUCUUUUCACAAAUGUGAAAUCGUGUCACCAUUUUAUAUACAUAUAUAGGGAUUUGAAAAGCACUUCCUAAGCGAAAGAUGAUAUAAGUUUGUUAUGCAAAUUGUAAUAAUAAUAAUACAAUUUGAUUUCAACGGAUUGGGUCACUGAUUGAAAAAUGGUGAUGUAUUUGUUCUCUAAAACCUAACGAAUAAUGGUGAUUGGUUACAAAUUAAUAAUGAGUGUACAUAACAUAUUUGUUUUAUACUUAUAUUUUCGUACAUUACACCUUUUGACAUUUUCGCAUUUAUCAAAGAUAUACCUGUCUAUUCAUAAUACUAAUGACCCAGUGCAUGCCUGGGCUUCGUGAAACUGGCUCAUAAUGUCAUUCUUUGGAAACCAAUGGCUUAUAAUUGUGAAUCAUUAUCUAGUAUACAGUUGUAUUAUAACUCAGUUCGAUGUAGUAUAUUGUCUUUUGGGCUUGGCAUGAGCAUUGGCGAUUGUAACGUAAUAUGCACGUUCCUUUGAGCAUUGGCGAUUGUAACGUAAUAUGCACGUUCCUUUGAGCAUUGGCGAUUGUAACGUAAUAUGCACGUUCCUUUGAGCAUUGGCGAUUGUAACGUAAUAUGCACGUUCCUUUGAGCAUUGGCGAUUGUAACGUAAUAUGCACGUUCCUUUGAGCAUUGGCGAUUGUAACGUAAUAUGCACGUUCCUUUUGAAUUCUGAUUUGCAAGAGUCUUUAUGUUCAUUAUUUAUUUAUUACUUAAACAUGUGAUAUAUCUCCAUUAAACUUUAUUCAUAUUUAUAUUGAAUAUUAUUGCC